ACGGCUGGGAUGUUUUCAAAAACCAGUGAUGAACGUCACACAGCCGUAGGCUACGGUUAUAACGUCCAAUAUUUAGGGAAUAACUGUUUAUAUUGCGCAAUAUUCACAUAUAGCCGAACGUGAAUGAGUCCGUGGGAUACGUGCGACCCAGUUUGAAGGUGCAUGAUGAACCCACUGAGCUGUAGCUGUCACAGCUAGUCAGGUGCCGCACCAUGGCCAAACCUGGGAGCGACAGAGAUGGAGCCAUGGUGGAUAAGCAGGCGGGGAAGAAGAGUAAAGACAAGUUGUCCCCUUUCACCAAAACUCCGAAGCUGGACCGGAGUGAGUUGCUGGGGAAGGAGGGGAAAGCAAAGUCUUCCAUGAAGCGCAAGCUCUCCUUCACCGCCAGUCCGCUGCGGACCGAGGAGCGAGACUCCGACACCGAUGACUCAGACCCAGGCCAGUCGAGUGAGACCUGGGGAGAGAGAUUAGUGCCUCCCUGCAGGAUAUACGCAGAUAAAGAUGGACCAGACAAGAAGAAAGUGAAAAAGGAGGCUGGGGGCAAGAAGUCCCAAGCUCCCAACCUUUUGUUUGGGUAUCCUCUGUCAGAGCGAAAACAGAUGGCUCUCCUAAUGCAGAUGACUGCCAACAGUCCAGACUCUACUCCCAGUCACCCCUCACAAACGACCCCUGUUCAGAAGAAAGUCCCCAGCAGCGCCUCGUCGAGACAAAAGGACAAGGUCAACAAGAGGAACGAGCGAGGGGAGACUCCCCUUCACAUGGCCGCCAUCCGGGGAGACGCCAAGCAAGUUAAAGAGCUCAUUAGCCUGGGAGCUGACGUCAACGUCAAAGACUUCGCAGGCUGGACUCCUCUUCAUGAAGCCUGUAAUCUCGGUUACUACGAUGUGGCCAAGGUGUUAAUAUCAGCGGGAGCGGAGGUGAACACGCAGGGGCUGGACGACGACACGCCGCUCCAUGAUGCUUCCAGCAGCGGGCACACAGAUAUUGUGAAACUGCUGCUACGCCACGGCGGUAACGCUUUCCAGGCCAACAAGCGUGGGGAGCGCCCGGUCGACGUGGCCGACUCUCAGGAGCUGGAGCAGCUUCUAAAGGGAGAGGUGCCACUGUCGGACCCAGAGGAGAGCUCUUCAGAUCUCCUCUUGUCUGCAGAGUCUGAAGACCCUCCGUCUGUCAAUCCGUCCAGUGUGGAUGAGAACUUGGAAGACUCCGACACUGAAAAGGACUCAGAUGGCAAACCGGUCACGAAGGCUUCAUCAUCCGUUCCAGGUCUGGACGAGUACGAGUUCAAGGACGAAGAGGAGGAGGAGGAUCUCAGUAAAGCCCUGAAUGAUAGACACAUCCUCCGGAGGGAACUACGGCAGCAGGAGAAGGAGGAGAAGGAAAGGAAUCAUGUGGCAGGAAAGCAGAGUGGAAAAGGGGAUUCUGCCUCUAAGUCCAAAAAGCAAAAGACUCCUCGUGUCCACUGCAGCUCGGAUACCUCUAGUGACGAAAUGGAGAGACUUCCAGAGAAAAGGAAUUCCCCCACCUGCUCUCAGAGCUCUGAGAGCCUCAGGGCCGAAACCAGGUCUAAAAAGGACAUUUCUGAGCCAAAGGAGAAGGGCAAAGUUAAGAAGAAGAGUAAAAGCCAGAUUAAAAACAAGGAAAACCAGGAGGAUGGGAAAGAGAAUAGCAAAACGUUGGUACUCUCUCUUGCAACUGUGUCAGAGAGCACAGAAAAAGGUCGGGAGGAAGACCCCUUCAAGAUGUCUUUCAGUCCUAAAGACGACUCAUCCGUCCACCUCUUCCAUUUGUCGUCCAUAAAGUCACCAAAACUGAACCACAGCCUGACGGAUAAACAAACGCCACUCAAACAGGAAAAUACUAAGAUGUGCAUUUCCAUCAGCGACAGCUCGUGUCCGGUGGACAGUGUCAAGUACAACCACUACACGGAGGCAGACUACUGUACCGAGGGCUCCAGCACCAAGGGGUGCAAGCACAAGGAGAAAAGCAAACAUCAGCAGAAAGACUCGAGCGGAGACGGGGACGACAGUCGAUCGAGUCCUUGCAAAGACGGCAGCAUAGGAAACAGUGUGGACAUCUCUGAAGGUGCCUUACGGAAGACAGACUUGGACGGCAAAGUGGUGAAGAAGCAUAAACUUAAACACAAAGAGAAAGACAAACACCGGAGGGAGUACGAGGCAGAGCGCAGCCGCCACAGGCAGAAGGAAGCCAGGAAAGACGGCCACAGGAAUUUGGAGUUUGACAGAGAGUUCUGGAAAGAGAACUUCUUCAAAACUGAUGAGACUGAUGAGCAUCUGCCAGUGAAAAAGGAAGGUGACGAGAACAGCUCACUUCAGAGGACCUCUGAUUUCCCUCCCGUCAAAGAUGAGAAAACCACGAAGGAGAAGCACUCGAGCAGCAAGGAGAAGAGGCCGAGAGAGGAGCGGGAAAAAGACAAGGCCGUGAAAAAAGAGCGGAAGGAGGCGGCUGUCAAAGAGGAGAAGGUAAAGGAUUCAAAGCCGAGUGAGCGUGACGAGAGAGUGGACUGCCACGGCUCAGGGCGGAUUCCUGAGGAGUCGCUGCAGAGCAACAGCUUGAAAGAGGAGACAGAAGAGAAACCCAUAAGUGGGAUCACAGCUGAUCAAGAACAGCUGGAGCUCUCUGAAAAAGGCUCACGCGAGAAAACUGACAAGAGGCUCCCAGGAAAGGAGAAGGAUUCGGAGAAAAUGGAGAAAAGGCACCCUGACAAGGAAAAAAAGGUCAAAACGGAGCAUUCUGACAAAGCCGAACCACAGAACUCAGUGGAACGCUGGAAGGAUAAAGAAAGAACAGGGGCCGUUUCUUCCCACUCGCCUGGAGAUAAAAACUACAAAGAGAAUGAGAAACUGAAAUCUUUAUCUACAACUAAAAAGCACGAAGACAGCCGGAAAAACAAAGAUAAGUUUGACAAGCGGUCCGAUAGGGAGAGGCCGGACAGAGAGUAUAGUGUUGGGGAUCACAGAGAGAAGGAGCGCACUAACUCUGAUAAGAAAGGAAAACCUCUGGAGAAGAACACAGAUCACAGCAAAUCUGAUCGUACAAAAGAGAAGGACUGUGAAAGGAAAAAGAAAGAUAAACUAAAAGACGGGACUCUUUCCUCAAGUUCCAAUCUCAAGUUGCUUUUAGAAGAGAAAAAGAGCUAUCUGUCCGAGAGCGGCAAGUCCAUAUCUACUAAAUCAAAGGAGGAAGUUGUGAGAACACCAGAGAAAGAUCGAGACCGCAGAGACCGGGACAGAGACUUGGAUAAACACAAAGACAAGGAGAGGCACAAAGACCGCUCCCAGCAGGCCAAAAUAAGCAAGGCCAAACCAAAUGACACAGAUGUGGAUAAGGCCAAAUCAAAAGCCUCCUUGGCAACACGCGACCCCAAGCCCAAAGAGAAAAGGCUUGUGAACGAUGACCUGAUGCAGACCAGCUUUGAGCGAAUGCUCAGCCUGAAGGACCAGGAGACUGAGCAGUGGCAUCGCAAACACCUGGAGAAAAUCAAACAGAAAGAGAGGGAAAGGCUCAAACAGCGGCCUCUGGCAGAUCCUGGGAAGUCCAAGCCCAAAGACAGAACAAAGAUUGAGCCAUGCCUGAGUAAGGAGCUCAUGCGCUCCAAAAGCUCUGAAGCCUCUGAUGUCAACAGCAGAGAGAAACCCCUGAAGGAUGGCACCAGUCCCAGAACUAUGUCGCUGGAUGGGAAGACUCUGCCCUCCAUCAGCGCAAAGGUCAUGUCCGCGGUGGAGAACUGUCUCACCAGAUCACCUCGGCCGGAGAGUGAUCGCUGCGGGAUCAUGUCCAGGUCCGUCUCCUUGAUAUCUGUUGCUAGCUCGGAGGAUUCGUGUCAGGCGACGACUUUAACCCCCAGACAUGUGGAGUACGAUUCCGACAUGAACCUGGAAACCUCAGACUCCCAGCCAGCGUUCCUCCAGUCUUCCCUCGUCAUCCAAGCCACCAGAUCGCCGUCCGUUCACGAUAAAGAGUGUCUUCCUGACGUCCCGCAAAGUAAUCGGACGCUUCUUCCCAGCAGACAUGAAUCUCCGUACCUCAGGGCUAUUCUGGACGAAGAGGCCAACUCACCAACGGAAGGUAAAGCUGCUGAAAAUCUGCCAAAACAGAGCCAGACUGCUGAGGAGCCUGGAACAAGAGAGACCUCGGCAGAAACGGAGGAGUGUCAACAACAGUAUUUGAAUGCAGUUGCUGACUCAGCCACAGAGAAAGAAGGGAGCACUCCUGUUGGUUUAACAUCACAAAUAUCAAACUGCGAUCCUCAGAGUAAAAGCCAGACACUUCCAGAGAGUAGUACCUCUCAAACGGGCUCAACAGAAAAAGAGAAAACUCUUCCUUCCUCUGAAACUCCUGUUGUGAAGGACUUACCAUGUCCGACAGAGAUUCAACAAGCCGACAGUAAGGAUCCAGAUGAGCCACCCACGCCUACAUCCUGUCUCUCUGCUGAAGCAAUAGACACAGACUCGAACCCCCUCCAGGAGGAUAGUGCUGUUUUUGGUGUGGCGAGCGAGCAGCCAACAGAACCAGCCGCCACACAAGUUUCUGACCUUGAAGAGGAACCUCUUGAGAGUGCUGACGGAGCAGAAGAAGAGGAGAGUAUGGAGGUAGACGGCAGAGGAAGUCCUGUUCCCUCCACGAGUUCACACAUUCCCAGCUACUCGGCAGGGGAGUCCUUGCCGGGCUUUAGCCAACCAAGCAGCGAGUCCAAAUGUUCUUCAGAGGACAUGGACGUGAAUGACCAAGACUGCAAGAACUCAACACCUGAAGGUGAAGCUGAAAGUCUAAAUGCUCAGGUGGAGGGAAAGGACUGUAUCCCUGCAACGGCGUCCUAUAGUGCGAGCCCCGAGCACAAUGCCGAGGAGAUGAGUGAUGUCCCGCAGAGCUCAGAGAGCAGUAACGCUGCUGUCUCAACAGAGAGUCCGACAGGAGAGGGUGCUGUAGCGACAGAGGGAUUCUCUGAGCCUACAGCAGAGGCCAGCUCUGAGCCGAUGGAGGUGACGCCCACAGAGGAGAAACCAGAGUCAUCUUCAGCUGGGGAAGAGCAGAGCAUCGUCCAAUCUGCAGCCCGGACCAACAGCAGCAGCAGCAGCAGCAGCAGCAGUAGUGUUAGCAGUAGCAGCAGCAGCAGCAGCACCUGCAGCGCCUCAGGGAGCUCCUCUCCACAGUCUGGAGACCGGGACUCUGAUUCUUCUGGUGCUAAGUUCAAGAGUCUCUCUGCGGACAGUGAAAUAGACAUCCACCAUCCCCAUCCUCGCAAGAGGAAGAUGCCCAAAGCGUCGGGCUCGCAGCCUUACUCCGCGGCUCAGCAGCAGGAUAAGGAGCUCGGCCAGCAGUCUCUGGCAGCCAUCGUUGACUCGGUGAAGCUGGAGGAGAUCCAGCCCUACCAGACGGAGAGGGCCAACCCUUACUACGAGUUCCUGCACAUCCGGAGGAAGAUCGAGGAGAAGCGCAAGGUGCUGUGCAGUGUCAUCCCGCAGCCGCCACAGUAUUACGAUGAAUAUGUGACCUUCAACGGAUCCUACCUCUUAGAUGGGAACCCGCUCAGCAAGAUCUGCAUACCAACUAUUACUCCACCUCCAUCAUUACCUGAGCAGCUGAAGGAGAUGUUCAAACAGCAGGAGGUGGUCCGUAUGAAGCUACGCCUGCAGCACAGCAUUGAAAGGGAAAAGCUGAUUGUUUCUAAUGAGCAGGAAGUCUUACGAGUCCAUUACCGGGCAGCAAGAACACUAGCCAAUCAGACGCUGCCUUUCAGUGCCUGUACGGUUCUAUUGGACGCUGAAGUGUACAACAUGCCUCAAGAAGCCCAGAACGAUGAUGGCAAAACGUCAGUGAGAGACCGAUUCAACGCCAGGCAGUUCAUGUCCUGGUUACAAGAUGUUGAUGACAAGUUUGACAAACUAAAGACGUGUCUCCUGAUGCGGCAGCAGCACGAGGCGGCGGCUCUGAACGCCGUGCAGCGGCUGGAGUGGCAGCUCAAGCUGCAGGAGCUCGACCCGGCCACCUACAAGUCUACCAGCAUCUUCGAGAUCCCCGAGUUCUACAUCCCGCUGGUGGAGGUCAACGACGACUUCGACCUCACCCCGAUAUGAGCCGCGGAACGGACGUGCUCUGACACAGCGGCGGCCAUAUCCCGGACACAAGAGGCAGCCCGCACACAUUCAAAGAAGAAAAUGUGAAGCACUUAGAAUGUGGCGGUGAAACAAAAGAGCAUUUAGAAAAGAGACGGUUUACUCCAGCGCUCUUACAGUCCAAACCGGCCCGCCCACCACGAGGACCUGCGGUUUCUCCUGCAGGAGAAGGAGGCCCAGAGGAGCAGAGACCAGACACUGGUGCCGGCGGGGGGGGGAGCAAAGAGUGGACGAGGACCACCUGCUCCUCACGCAGCACGGUCACACAACUGAAAAGAGUUCAAUUGUUUUCAAAGUGGUUGUUCAUACAUUGUGUACAGACUGUGCUCUUAAUUUUUUAACUUAUUUUAUACAUAAAACAAUUGUGCAUUUGUAAAUAGCCAUGUAAUUAUUGUUUUAAACUUGUAAAAACAAAAAAUAGAUAUUUUGAUUGUAAACUUGUUCCGUCUCAUGUUUUAAUGGACCAAAGUUGGUUUUUAUAUCAAGUGUCCUCUUCUUCUUCGUCCGUGAUGUUCUUCUUCUCGUUGUUGUUGGCUUAAGAUCUUAAGCGCGUGUUGGCUUUCGUUGUGUUUUUUCUUUUCACUGGUUUUCUCUUCCUCCCUCAUCUGGAGCUCCACAGCUGGUGUUUUUUGACUUUGGCAAUUAAAUGCUGUGCAUGCGUUGCGUUGUUUGUACUUUUUUCCUAAAGAGCUGUACUGUGGACUUUAUCGUGAGGUUUACUGAAGUGUUCCAUCUUUUAUUUUAUUUUUUCGCGCCACUGUUAUGUCCCUUUUCUGCGGCCUCACUCCUCGUGUGUUGUCCAUCGUGUCUCGCGCACAUCUACAGUCUGCUGUGGCUUCCAAGGGAAAAAAACACAUACUUUUACAGUUUCAAUGUGAGAUCACAACAAAACCUAUUUUUUCAACAUAAUGCCUUUUUGAACAAUAGUUCUAAAAAAUGUCUAUUUUAAUAUUUACUUGUUACAUGACUUGUACAUAUUUGUAAUAUAUAAUUGAAUAAAUUUUAUUUGUUGUGAAAUUAAAA